AUGUUGAAUAAAAUUGUGGUAAUCGUGCUAUUUUUGUGCUCAUCGAUUCUCGGAGACGACCAAGGAGGGGAACAACUUAAAUUAUAUGUUUUCAAAAUACCACCUGUUUGUAUUGCAGAUGUCACAACCACGACAGAAUCACAGUUGGCGAAAGGCGAGGAGAAGAUGAGCGAGUAUAUUCUAAAAAUAUUAGAACAUUUCAAACAACCGAAUCCUGUUGGACUACCGGGGGCCAAGGUCCCAGAUCCUCAUAAGGUCCCAGACAUGAAACAAUCUGUUUCCAUCGGAACAUUGUAUUUCAAAAAUACAUCAGUGUAUGGCAUUAGCAAAUUUCGCAUAUUGAAUAUUAACGCGGAGAUUGGAGCUAUGGAAGUUCACGCAGCCUUGGCUAUUGACAAACUUCAAGCAAAAGGAAACUACACAAUGUCAACGUGGCUCAACAGAGUACAAGGACCGUAUACAGUCGACAUCACCGGCAUCAAGGUGAUGGCAAAAGCUAAUUUAGGAGUCGAAAGAGACGGAAAACUGAGAGCCCAAGAUAUAAAAAUAGACAUAUCCUUCAGUACAAUAUCAAUGAACUUCGAAAAUGCAGGUUUCUUUGGCGGUAUGUUGCAAGGAAUAGUAAAUUCUAUAGGCACAUUCGUUUUCGACUCGAUUAAGCCUUACGUUCUCAAAGAAGCAUAUACCAAGGCUAGAGAAGAAAUCAAUAAGAAGCUCGAUGAAGUCGCCGGUGAUGUACAGUUCCCAAACUCGAUCUCACCUUUAGAUAAAGUUAUAGCAGAUCUAAGAAAGAGAGUGAGACAAAUGAACAUGGACCCGUAUCAAAUAAACGAUUAUAAUAGUACUGUAAGCAUAUUCACCGUUUCACUCACUCAUACUUGGAUUACUGGAAUAUCUUCAUUUCAAAGGGUCGGGAAUAUUACCUUGAAACUAGAGAAUAACACUGUAAUUGCUGACUUUGAAAUCGGAACUCAACGACUCGAAGGUACUACACAGUGGGAUGUAUCCGCUAUAAGCGGUCUACUGUCCAGAGCUGGUAUAGCAUCAUUUUCUGUUGAAUAUAUAAGUGGAAGGAUGAUACUAGCACAACCUCUCGAUACAAGAAAGAAACCAGAGUUUAGAGACUUGGAUCUCGAUGUUGGUAAUAUUCAAGUCCGUUUUGAUGGAGCCGGUACAUUUGAUUACGUCGUCGAGUUUGUAGUCAACAUUCUGCCAAACUUGUUGCGAUAUCAAAUAGUAGAUGCCUUAGAAGGGCCCAUCAUUGAAAAAGUACAACAAGAAUUGAAUAAAAUAAAUGUUGAAGAAAUGAUCAAACAGGAGUUGCCUAAGGUGGAUGAAAUGCAAGAAACAGGUUUCAAGCUAUCAGCACUUCAAAUACAAAAUGAAGAUGAAGAAUCCUAUGGAGACGAUGACUUCUUUAAUUUUUAA